CUCCACUGGCCGAAAAUGGCGGCUUGGUACGUCACCGUCGUGACGCAAAAUAACUCAGUGCGCAUGCCCGGAAAAAAACAAGAGCCGGCCACGUGGCGGUUUUUGAUUAAACGACGCUUCAAAUGGUCUCAAAUCGCUACAGGCGCGGUCAUGAACGGUCGAGGGCGAACGUCGAGAAAGCGGAAAAAGAAACGUGACGGUGUGCCCCAGUCAUUUUGUAAACCAACGUGUGUAGCCGCCGUACCCAGUAGUGAUUUUUCCACGUCUGCGAACUUAUCCUGUCGUCGUCCAGUCCCUCUGAGCCACCGACCUGAGUACGUCGAGCUUCUCAGGUUUCUCCACCGGCGAGGCUUCACGUCCACAUUGCUGCAACCGGCCCUUUUCUCCGACACAGGUCGAGGUCUGCAGGCUGUCAGGAGCAUAAAACCCGGCCAACUGUUGAUCUCUCUGCCCGAGUCUUGUCUCCUGACACCCUCCACUGUGCUGGACAGCUACCUCGGACAGUAUAUCAAGAGCUGGAGGCGGCGUCUGUCGUCUCUGUUGGCUCUCUGCGUCUUCCUGGUGUGCGAGCGGCACAGGGGCCCCGACGCCGAAUGGUGGCCGUACGUCCGCGUCCUUCCUGCCUCCUACGCGUGUCCCGCCUAUUUCGCCCACGCCGCCGCCGCGCUCCUUCCCGCCAGACUGCGGCGGCGAGCGGUGGAGCAGGAGGACACCGUGCGGGAAAUGCACUCGUCCAACCGGGAUUUUUUUAGGACUUUGCAGCCAGUCCUGAGACAGCCUGUGGAGGACGUGUUGACCUUUGACGCACUGAGGUGGGCGUGGUGCAGCGUCAACACCCGCUCCGUCUUCAUGAUUCAACCGUCCAACGAAUUUCUGCACGGGCAAAACGAUUACGCGCUGGCUCCCUUUUUGGAUUUGCUCAACCACCGGCCUGACGCGCAGGUCAAAGCCGGUUUCAACCACGAGACCAGAAGUUACGAGAUCAGGAGUGCGGGUGGGACGCCGCGCUUCCGGCAGGCCUUCAUCAACUACGGUUCCCAUGACAACCAGCGCCUGCUGCUGGAGUACGGCUUCAUCGCCCCCGACAACCCGCACAGCGUAGUCUACGUGGAUGCGGAAAUGCUGCGUGAGGUCCUGAAAGGAGACGCAGCAAGUCUGGAGCAGAAGAUGAAGUUCCUCGAAGACAACAACUUCCUCAGUAACCUGAGCGUGUGCGAUGAAGGUCCCAGCUGGAGGCUGACGACUGCCCUCAGGCUGAUGGCGCUGCCGCAAACUCUCUUUCACCGGCGGAAGGCGGUGUUGCUCGGCCAAGCGGUGGGCGAGGCGGCCGAGCGGCAGAGCGUCCAAACGGCGGCGGCGUUGUGCCGACGACUCCUGCGAGACGCCAUCGCGGCUCUCGAGAAGAUGCAGAUUAGCAAGGUCCUCCAACAGGGGGAGCCCUCGCUCAGAGAGCAGCUGCGGCUGGUCGAGUCACUGUGGCUGGAGGAGAAAUGCAUCCUGGGAAAAUGCCUUCGCUCGCUGAGUGGCUCCCAAGCUGAGGCCGCCCACACGGACGUGGAUGAACGUCUCGCAGACAGACACUCGCGGGUUCGACCCCAAAAUAAUGCCGCAAGAGAUGAAACUUAGUAGAAACUAUGAGGAAAAAGACAAAUUCCUCACACUGGCUGGACUUUAUUGAGGAUGUUGACACAACAACAUGGAGACAAUGCUCCACUUUAUGCGGCAAAAUAUGAGAUGUGUAUUGCGAUUUACUAUCAACAUAACUGCAGCGGGGAGAGGCGACCUUUGUGCAUCUGUACAUGAAUAAACCAAGUAGAUUGCUGGUCAGGUGUCCGCUGGCCCCGUCAGAA